AUGCCGGCCCAGCCUCCGGCUGACACCAUUGCAGGAGCUGAGGUCGAGGCAGAGGCUGCCGAUGCUGAUUCUGGGCUAGGUGAGGGAAAAAAUCAAGGUUCCACUUUGCCUCCCAUUGCAACCGGAGCAUCAGUGCCACCAGAAGUGCAGACUGAUGCCAACGGCGGAAAAGCCGAAGGUGGCACCGUGGAGGCCAGCCGUGGCUCGAAAGAGAUGAAUGCGACGGAUGUGACGUUGCCUCCCAUCUCGUCGGCAGACCCGCAGCCAAGGCCUGCAGAGGAGCGAAUGCUCGCAGAGGUGGAGAUCUCCCCUGAGCCUCCACGGAAGACUUCUGCUCCAAGAGCAAGCAGCACGAAGCAGGCACGAGAAGAUGCCAGAAGGCGCAUUUUGGCCGCCAGGGCAGAGCUACAACGUCGGGUGGCUGAAGCCACAGAGGCGCGGCUGAAGCGACAAGCAGAGGCGGAAGCCCAUGCACGCGAACGUGCCGAGCAAGCCCAGAAAAUGGCGCAGAAAAGACUGGCUCAGAGGAGGAAGAAGUCUGAGUCAGCUACGCCGGACUCAAAGCGAGGUGAGGCGAGCACCGAGACGUCCACAUCUAGCCCUGGGCGCAGUUCAUCUCCAGGCAAGAAUGUGCCGCAGGAUCUCCCCGGAUUGAAACCGGCCAAAGCUAGGGUCAAGAGGAAGAUUCAAAAGGCGCGGGAUGCCCAGGAAGCGCGCUUGAAGGAGAUUGAGGAGGACCGACGGAGGAGCGAACAGCGAAAGCAAGCACAAGCAGAAGCAGCAGAAGUACUUCGUGCCCAGGCAGCGCGACGUGCAGGCGAGCGGAUGCGGAGAGAAAAGCAAGCCGAGGCCAAUGAAAGGGCCCAGCGCUACCACGACUUGCAGCAGGCACGCGAGCGGCAGCAAUUGUACAGGAGCCCGAAAAAAAUUGCCGAGCUCAUCGCUGCCGCUGCCAGCGUAGCCCACAGCAAUGUCGAAGAGCGCAAGCAUGCGGCGAGACACACAGAGUCUUAUCUUCAGAAGGAGCGUCAACGUGCGAGCAUCUGCACUGUGCGAGCGGAAGAGGUGUGGGAAACUGAUAAUCAGCUGGCAAUGUUGCAAAUCAAAGCGGACCGUCACCAUCAGCCGGACGUCGACGCCGAGAGGGUGCACGCGUGGUCGGUGGUCUACGAAUUUCCGCUCCCCGACAGCCUCGCGCAGUUGCCAUUUUGGGAUCCAGAGUUCAAAGCACUGAAUGAGUCUGCGCAAAAGUACGCCCUGCAGCAACAGCCUGGCAAGGGGGGCAUCCUCGACUACCAGAUUGUGCGAUCGUCCAAGACACACAAGUUUCAUCGCGUCUGGGGUGGACCAGCCAAGAAAUGUGGAUACUGGUGGACCUUGUCACAUCCUUUAGCUAUCGCGCCGGACGGAAAUCUUACCCUUACUGGCCUUCAAGAAGCAUGUGGCGUAUGUCCCGAAUGGAACACGGCAGCAGUCCUCGAGACGUGCUAUGGCAAGCCAGGCUGGGCUUUCGUUGUUGGACAGGGCAACUCGGCAACGUGUCAGGAUGGGGAGACCCUGUUCCCACCGGGAGCGCUGCUUCAAGUCAACGGCGAUGUCUGCAGUAACUCCUUGACCUGCGAAUCUUGCGAUCUCAAGCGCGACAUUAACAAAUGCAUGGCCCUUCUGGGCAGUGCCGACUCUGUCGUGCCAAGUGGGCGCCACCUGGACGGCGAGGGCGAUGACCGGCCUUUUGGCGACGGGCUCCGCAAGGAGGCAGAGGUCCGCCGGAGUGAGCCCGAAGAUGAGGAUGCGUUCACACCCCAGCAUGUGCGCAGAAUGCGCGAGAGCAUUCGGUGGAAGGCUAAGACUAAGAAGGGUUGGGCACAGACCUCAUGUGAGCAUCCACCCAUGGGGCGAACCAGCUCAAGUUCCAGCUCGGCUGCGGCCAAAAAGAAGAAACGAAAAGCAAAGAAGGCGGCCAAAGAUCAGGGAAAGCACAAGAAGGCGAAAAAGGAGAAGUCCGUCGACAUGGGUUUCGAGGCUGCUUUGGCUGCAGCGGCUAAAGAGCGCGCGGCAGCAGCGACGUCGACUGGCGGUACAGACACGAGCGAGAAAGUCAAGCCCAAAGAAGGCUCUGGCAAGAAGCUCCGACCUGCAACGCAAGGACUGGAUUCGGCAAAGGCUCCUUUGCUCUCAUCGAGCAAGUGCGAGGUUGUCGAUGCCUUCUCUUACGACCCGACAAAAAAGCCGGAUGCCGACUACUCGAAACCGGACCCACUGUCAGUGGCCAACUCCGGCUUAGACAUCCAGCGGCGCAUCUACGAGCAUGAUCGGAGCGAGUACAAUGCUGACCAGCUGCGGCGCUGUGAUGCCAUCGCACGGGGCAGCAGGCAUCUUCCGCGCUGA